CGGAAGUAGUUAGCGAGCAACAGAGCUAGCCGUGUGAUUCAUGUUGUGAAAAGGACGCUAAAAACCAAAAUGUCAGAUCAAACGAUAACAGUGACAGUUGCAUACGGAUCAACUAAGCACAGCAUCACGGUAACUGGCCAGGAUGAUGGCAAGGGCCCCAUUGUCAAAGACCUCGCAGAUGCUCUCACCCAAGCUACUGGAGUUCCUCAAACUUCACAGAAACUCAUCUUUAAAGGGAAAUCACUGAAGGACGUGGAGGAGAGUCUGUCCAGCUAUGGAAUAAAAGAAGGCUGCAAACUCAUGAUGAUUGGAAAGCGGAACAGUCCUGAGGAGGAAGCUGAACUGAAGAAGCUGAAAGACAUUGAAAAAUCUGUGGAACAGACGGCUAAAAAGCUGGAGAAGGUAGACGGAGAGUUGACUGGACUCAAGAAUGGCUUCCUGGCCAAAGACCUUCAGGCAGAGGCGUUGGGUAAACUGGACCACAGAGUGAAAAUAGCAGCUGAACAGUUCAUGAAGAUCCUGGAGCAGAUAGAUGCUUUGAGUAUCCUAGACAGUUUCAAUGACUGCAAAAUUAAGAAAAAGGGACUUGUAAAGGUGGUGCAGGAUUUCCUGGCCCAGUGUGACAAGAUCGAGGCUUGUAUAUCAGACCACCUCUCAAAGAUCCAGUCGAAAAAUCUUGCCCUGGCGGAGUAGAGUCACAAAGUCUCACAUAUCAUGCUAUACGUUGCUCUGUGAGCAACUGCAAAGUGUAAAAAAAGCGUCAAGUGU